AUGCGCCGCAGUCGCAGCCCGUCUUCGCCCUACCGGGCCCUCGCCCACCACCCCGUCAACGGCCAGGCUGGCGAUGCCGCCUCCCUUAUCCGCUCCUUCAAUGUCGAGACCAAUCCUGCCCGACCCGUGCGGCCGUCGCCCCUCACCGCAUCUACGCUCCCCGAUAUGCCCCUCGACCUCCUCGACCGCAUGCGCUCCUUUCCCCUCUUCAUGUCCGCACCCGAGGAAUUCCUUGUUGCCAUCGGCAAGCACCUGCGGCCACAAGUCCACUCGGCACACGACCACGUGCUGACAGAAGGAGAGGCGGCCAAGGCCAUGUACUGGCUGGUGCGAGGCGUCGUUGCCGUCACCUCGAGGGACGGAGAAGCCAUCUAUGCCGAGCUCAAGGCCGGCUCCUUCUUUGGCGAAAUUGGCGUCCUCAUGAACAUGCCCCGGACCGCCACCAUCAUUGCUCGCUCCAAAUGUCUCCUGCUCGUGCUCAAGAAGGAGGAUCUCCAGGCCGAGCUCCCAGGGUUCCCCGACAUGGAGAGGGCUAUUCGUGAGGAGGCCAACGAGCGUCUGUCAAUCCUUUACAAGAAGCGCCAGGAGAGCGGUCAUGGCACCAAGGCGCUGAAUUCGUCAGCCACCCCGAGGGAAGCUGUGCCGGGAGAGGUAUCCACGGGCGAUAGGGGAGUCAUCAAGGAAGGUACAGUCGUCAACAAUAAGAAGCGCAAGUCCCCUAGUCCUGGAAUCAUGGAAGACCCUUCGGCCGGGAGUGCCCUCGGCAGUGGUUUCGUCAACAUUAGGCAGACUCUCAAGGAGCUCCCGCUCUUUUCGACGUUGCCGCCCGACAUCCUGCACUUUCUGGGUAUGAGUGCACAGCCAAAGACAUAUGCGCCCUUCAGCGACAUAAUACGCGAGGGCACCCCAGGCAACGAGAUCUUUUUUGUGGUCAGGGGCGAGGCGGAGGUUAUCCACAAAGAGUCGAAGGAGCCGGCACCGUCGAAGCCCAAGAGAUCCUCUCUGAUAAGACCCAGACUACGACAAGGACAAUACUUUGGAGAGGUUGCAAGCUUGGGCUUGUCAUUACGGCGGACUGCCACGGUCCGCGCCAUCACCACCGUCGAAUGCUUGAUGAUCACAGGCGAUGCUUUAGACGAGCUGUGGAGACGCUGCCCGCCAGAGAUCAGAGAUCAGGUUGUGCGAACAGCCAAAACACGCAUCAAGGUCAAAGAAGCAGGGGCAGACGUAGAGAUGACGGACGCGAGCGAGACCAACAGGCACGUCGAGUCGGGGACGCCGACAACAAUCACACCGCAGAUGACCUUUACGACGCCCUCAAAACCUGCCUCCCCGGUGAAGGAUGAGGCAGACCAGCUCAAGCCCAAAGACCCGGACCCAUUCCUCAGUGUCGACAUGGAGAAUAUGAGGAGCCGCCGACGAGGCUCAAUAGCACCGCCAAUCCCCAACAAUAACAGUACUACCAAUUCCACAGGAGCAGCAGAAUCGUCGUCGAGCAUAUCAUCCCCGAAAUUCUCCGCCCCGUCGCCGUCCUCGCCGUCGGGCUUCUCUCCGAACGUUGAAGGUCCCACAAAGAAGGCGCGGAUACUGUCGUCCCGCCCAAGUCCACUUCAGCAAUGCCGCCUGUCCGACGACAUCCUGGUGUCCAUCUUCCAGCACCUCGAGAUUGGCGAGCUGUUCAAGCUGCGCAUCAUCUCGAGCCAGUGGCGCGCGCUGCUGUCAACGUCGCCGAGGUUAUGCACCGAUGUCGAUCUGUCGCAGUACAACCGCACCAUCACGGACCACGUGCUCGCCGACAUCCUGGCUCCAUUCCUGGGCACGCGGCCGAGGAGGAUGGACGUCAGCAACUGCUUCCACGUCACAGACGAAGGGUUCUCUGCUCUGUGGAAGACUUGUGGCAAGGACAUCCAGGUGUGGAAGAUGAAGUCUGUGUGGGACGUGUCGGCCAACCAGAUUCUGGACAUGAGCGACAACGCCAAGGGGCUGGAGGAAGUUGACUGGAGCAACUGCCGCAAGGUGGGCGACAACUUGCUUGCGCGGGUCGUGGGCUGGGUGGUGCCCGAGCACGCACCGCAGACGACCAAGCAGAUAGUCAUGUCGCACUCUGGCAAAGGUCGAGGCCAGAAGCAACAGAUGCAGACGGUGACGCUGCCGCCGCCAGGGACGGUGAUUGGAUGCCCGAAGCUGCGGCGGCUCAACCUCUCGUACUGCAAGCACAUUACGGACCGGUCGAUGGCACACAUGGCGGCGCACGCUUCGAACCGGCUCGAGUGGCUGUCACUGACGCGAUGCACGUCAAUAUCCGACGCGGGGUUCCAAGCCUGGGCCCCGUUCCGGUUCACACGGCUGACGCACCUUUACCUGGCGGACUGUACCUACCUGUCGGACAAUGCGAUUGUGGCGCUGGUGAAUGCGGCCAAGGCGCUGACGCACCUGGACCUGUCGUUCUGCUGCGCGCUCUCGGACACAGCUACCGAGGUGGUAGCUCUUGGGCUGCCGCAGCUGCGGGAGCUCAAGAUGGCCUUCUGCGGCAGCGCGGUGAGCGACCAGAGCCUGGGCAGCAUCUCGCUGCACCUCAACGAGCUGGAGCGGCUGAGCGUGCGCGGGUGCGUGCGCGUGACGGGCGCCGGGAUGGAGCGCAUCCUCGACGGGUGCACGCGGCUCGUCUGGGCCGACAUCAGCCAGUGCCGCAACCUCGAGGGCUGGGUGCGCGCCGACGGCGUCCAGAAAUGGGGCUACGACGAGAACGACGAGUCGAGCGCACACACAUCCCACACCAUGUCGUUCACGAUAACGCUGCGGCACGGCCCAGCCCGCCUGGCCACGAGGCUACCCCAGAUCUCCAAGGCCACCUUCCAGUCCUCGUCGUCCACGAUGCGCUCAUCGCCGGUUGCAAGCUCGAUCCGCGCCUUCUCCCAGCGCGCUGCCGGCAACAAGCCGUCGCCGGCCUUCUUCACCGCUCGCUCCUCGCCUGCGACAUCGACCCUCCUCAAGGCUGGCGCCCGGCGGACGUACAUGCAAGAGACGGCGGCCCGGACGGCCGACCAGGGCUCCACGAUGCGGCGGCUGCUCACGGGCGGCGCCAUCUUUGGUGGCACGCUCGUGGCCAUCAACAUGGUCUUCAACCGCGAGACCCGGGAGGAUGGCGGCAUGCCCUACUUUGAGCGCGAGUACCUCAACUCGACCUUCCUGCACACAGGCCUCGGCGUCGGCAUCAUCGGCCUGACUGCCCGCCAGAUGGUCAACUCGGGCUUCGUCUACCGCCUCAUGGUGACCAACCCCUGGGUCGUCGCCAUCGGCGGCCUCGCCCUCAGCUUCGGCACCAUGCUCGGCACCCGCGCCAUCGACCCGGACAACUACGUGCCCAAGUACGCCCUCUGGACCGCAUUCAACGCCACCCAGGCGGCCUUUGUCGCUCCCCUCGUCGCCUUUGCACCCGGUGCCCUCCUCGCCCGCGCCGGCCUCUACACCGUCGCCAUGAUGGGAUCCAUCGCCUUUGUCGGUGCCACCGCCAAGCAGGAGAAGUACCUCUACAUCGGCGGCCCCUUGCUCGCGGGCGCGGCCAUCGUCGCCGUCUCCGGCCUCGCUCCCCUGGUCAUCCCCGCCACGGCUGCCCGCACGCUCGCCCUGACCGAGAGCCUGUGGCUGUACGGCGGCCUGGCCGUGUUUGGCGGCUUCACGCUCUACGACACCCAGAAGGUGCUGCACCACGCCCGCCUGGCCGAGGCCGGCGUCAUCAAGAAGGACCCCGUCAACGAGAGCAUCUCGCUCGAGCUCGACUUCCUCAACAUCUUUAUCCGCAUGGUGCAGAUCCUCAUGAUGCAGCAGCGGAGAAAGUAG